UUAGAGUAGUUGUCGUUUAUAUGUGCUUGUGGCAUAACGUGUAUGUAGUGGAAAAUAUUCGUUAAUCUGUAUAAUAUUAGGGUUUUACAGACUUCCGUGUGUUUUACAAUUUUACAUUGUGUGAACAUAAUUAAGUGUAAUAUUGAAAUAAUUUUAAAAUUAAAUAACUACUAGUGAGGCUACUAGUGAGGUCAAAAGCAAUGUCGUCCAAUACGAAUAAACUAUUUACCAGGAGUAUUCGACUACUUUCGUCUUCAAAAUCGAUUUUGUGCUCAUCGAGACACAAAAGCGUUUGGACACCAGACAAUAUUGUGAAAUCACCUUAUAGAGAUGUAGAAAUACCAAAUACUACGCUUGUUGAACAUAUUUGGGAGAAAAUGGAUCGAUGGGCCGAUAAAACAGCAAUUAUAUGUGGAGUGACGAAACGUUACUAUACUUACGAGAAGUUACACAAAUGCUCUAAGAAUUUAGCUGCGAAUCUGAGGAAGAAGUUGAACAUUCGAGAUGGGGAUGUUGUUUGUGUGAUGAUGCCAAAUUCACCAGAUUACGCCUUAACUAUUAUAGGAUCUUUACAAGCAGGAGCUAAGGUUACAACUGUCAAUCCUAUUUACACGCCUCAUGAAGUUGCAAGACAAAUAACAUUAUCAAAACCAAAAGUACUAGUUGGUAUACCCGAAACAAUGUCAGUGUUAAAAGAAGCUAUGAACUUAUCUAAUGUAACACUUCCAAUUGUUAUAUGCAAAGGAUAUAUUGAUAACAGUAUACCAGAAGGUGCAAUUUCUUUCGAUGAAUUAGCUCUAGAUGAUAAUGUAGAUCAUAGUAUUCUUAAAGAAGUUAACAGAACUUCUGUAAAUACAGCCUUGUUACCAUAUUCUAGUGGAACAACAGGACUACCGAAAGGAGUACAGUUAACUAAUAGAAAUCUUGUUGCGAACUUAGUACAACAAAAUGUUGAAGACGUUAAGUAUUACGAUGAGACUACAGCAUCUUACCAGGACAGAAUGUUGGCUGUGCUACCAUUUUACCACAUCUACGGGCUAUCAAUCACUCUGCUGCACAAAUUAUCAGUCGGUGUCCAGAUGGUCUCACUUCCUAGAUUUCAUCCCGAAUCUUUUGUGAACGCGCUCAAGGAACAUAAGAUAACUUUGUUGAGUGCAGCACCACCACUCGUAUUAUUCAUCGGAUCUCAUCCUGACGUAAAAAGGGAACACCUUGAGUCCCUUAAACUGAUCACAAGUGGAGCAGCGCCACUCCCAAAGUUGGAUGUCGAUAGAGUACGGGAAAAGGGAACGAAAGACCUGAUUUUCCUCAACUUGUACGGAUUAACUGAAACUUCACCGCUGGCGACGGCGUCACCCAAAAAUAUAGGAACGGUAAAAAUAGCCGGGUUCCCUCUAUCAAAUACUGAAGCUAAAAUUGUGGACUCAAACAUGAGAAAUUGUGGUCCUGAUGAGGUUGGAGAACUACUUCUUCGCGGUCCUCAUAUAAUGAAGGGCUAUAGGGAUAAUGUUGAGGCUACUAGGAAUGCAAUCACUGAGGACGGUUGGUUCAGAACUGGUGAUCUAGCUUCAAUUGAUAAGGACGGUGGAGUGACUAUCACUGAUAGACUCAAAGAACUCAUAAAGGUCAAAGGAUUCCAAGUACCGCCAGCUGAAUUAGAACACUUAUUGAAAGAGCAUCCAGCUGUUCUUGAUGCAGGAGUAGUGGGUUUCCCAGAUCCAAAGACAGGAGAAGUUCCGAAAGCAUUCGUCGUGCUGAAAGAUGGACACAAAGUAGACCCAAGGAACAUUAUAGACUUUGUCAGUGAAAGAGUCGCGGAGUUCAAAAGAAUAAAAGAAGUAGUCCUAUUGGACAGUCUGCCUAAAAAUCCAUCAGGGAAGCUUUUGAGAAGAGUUCUAAAGGAGCAGUAUAGUUAAUUGUUACGGUAGUGCCAAUAUAAAUUAUUAUUUGGUAACUCUUUUACAAAACACCAUGUUUGUAAAUUGUAUUGUAUGGCGAUAAGUAUUUAAAAAGAACGAAUAAUAAACUUGUUUGGUAAUUAUGGUCA